GAUUGAGCCCAAGUUAAUCCUCAACUCUCUUUAAGCUUUCAUCCAGAAACCGUCCAACAAUGGCUUCCUCUACCCAAAAACCCUCUUCUUCUUCGACCUCAAUCCGUAAACAUAAGUUCGAAGUGUUCUUGAGUUUUAGAGGUGAAGACACCCGCUACAAUUUUACGGAUCAUUUAUUCGUAAAUUUGGAUCGUAAGGGGAUUAACACUUUCAGAGACGAUCGACUCGAGAGAGGAGAGGAGAUCACAUCAGAACUUUUGAAAACUAUUGAAGAAUCAAGAAUUUCCGUAGUUGUGUUCUCAAAAAACUAUGCGCAUUCCAAGUGGUGUUUGGAUGAGUUAGCGAAGAUCAUGGAGUGCAAGGAAAAAAUGGAACAAAUAGUCUUGCCGGUGUUCUACCACGUGGAUCCUUCUGAUGUGGAAGAGCAAACAGGGAGCUUCGGAGAGGCAUUUUCCAUUCAUGAGAGAAAUGUAGAUGAGAAAAAGAUGCAAAGGUGGAGGGCUUCCUUGACUGCAGCAAGCAAUCUAAGUGGUUACCAUGUGAAGAAUGAUGGGUAUGAAUCAGAGAUAAUUAAGGAAAUUGCAGAUGACAUCCAUAGAAAAUUGGAUCAUAAGAUUUUGGAUGUUGGUCAGCACAUGGUUGGGAUGGAUGCUCAUCUUGAAGAACUAAAGUCAUUGAUAAACAUUGGAUUAAAUGACAUUCGCAUGGUUGGGAUCUAUGGACUUGGUGGAAUUGGUAAGACUACCAUCGCCAAAUAUAUUUGUAAUGAAAUCUCAUAUGAAUUUGAAAGCAUUAGCUUUCUUGAGAAUGUCAGAGAAAAAUCCAAAGCUACUUUUGGUUUGCUUCAAUUACAGGAACAACUUCUUGACAAUGUUCUGAAGUCGAAGAAUAAAAUAAAAUUGAGCAGUAUUCCUGAAGGAAUCAAUGUGAUAAAAAAUAGGGUCUGCUCAAAAAAAGUUCUUAUUGUUCUUGAUGAUGUUGAUUGUUCAGACCAAUUAAAUGCCUUAGCUGGAAAUUGUGAUUGGUUUGGUUUCGGAAGUAGAAUCAUCAUAACCACGAGAGAUAAGCAUGUACUACGUGUGCAUCAAGUACAUGCAUUAUACAAGGCCAAGGGAUUGAAAUAUGAAGAAGCAAUUCAACUCUUUAGUUGGAAUGCCUUUAAAACAAAUCGCCCAAUAGAAAGUUAUGCAUCUCUCUCAGAACGUGCAGUUGGUUGUGUGAAAGGUCUUCCACUAGCUCUAAAAGUUUUGGGUUCCUUUCUUUUUAGCAAAACAGAAGCCGAAUGGGAAAGUGCAUUGGAAAAGUUAAAAAGAAAACCUAAUAUGGAAGUCCAAAAUGCUCUUAGGAUAAGCUUUGAUGGUCUAGAUGAAACAGAGCAGGAAUUAUUCCUAGAUAUUGCUUGCUUCUUUAAGGGGCAACCCAAAGAUAUUUCUACAAGAAUAUUAUAUGCUUGUCAUUUCCAUCCAGAGGUUGGAAUGAGAGUUCUUAGUGACAAGUGUCUCAUAACUCUUAGUGGUCGAUUCAUAUGGAUGCAUGACUUAUUACAAGAAAUGGGUAGGGAAAUUGUUCGUCAAACAUCUCCUAAAGAGCCAGGAAAAUGGAGCAGAUUGUGGGAUCCUGAGGAUAUUUAUCGUGUAUUAACAAGAAAUACAGGGACCAAAACAAUUGAAGGGAUAAUCCUUGACCUUAACAUGCCUAAAUCAAAACAAAUAGAAUUUACUGCUGAAGCCUUCAAAAUGAUGAAGGAACUUAGAUUGCUCAAGGUACAUCAAGAUGCUGAAUAUGCCGGUACCGAGGGUCAAGCAGUGACUGCUCCUAAAGUUCACUUUUCUGGAGACUUUGAAUUUCCUUCAUAUGAGUUAAGGUAUCUCCAGUGGGAUGGAUACCCUUUGGAAUCUUUGCCAUCAAAUUUUCAUGGAGAGGAACUUGUUGAACUCAAAUUUCGGAGUAGCAACAUAAAACAACUUUUUCAAGAAAACAAGCUUCUUGAAAAGUUGAAAGUUAUCGAUCUCAGUCAUUCACAACAUCUCAUUGAAAUACCAAACAUAUCAAAUGCGCCAAAUUUGGAGAUCCUAAUUCUUGAAUGGUGCUAUAAUUUUGAGAGUCUUCCAAGUGACAUUUAUAAGUUAAAUUACCUUGCAAACCUUUGUUGCUCUCGCUGCAGAAAACUAAAAAAUUUUCCAAAAAUCAAGGAGGACAUGGAGAGGCUGAGAGAGCUUCAUUUAAAUUACACAUCCAUACAAGAGCUGCCAUCAUCAGUUAAACGUUUGAAAGGGCUUGAAGACUUGAAUUUGGAUGGUUGUUAUAGCCUCCUCAGUCUUCCAGACAGCAUUUGCAAUUUGAGAUCUCUUAAAACUCUCAAUAUUAAUUCCUGUAUGAAUCUCAAGAAAUUGCCAGAGAAUAUUAAAAGCUUGCAGUGUUUGGAGAAGUUUUAUGCACGAUGGGUUAAUUGUCAAUUGCCUUCCCUCUUAGGUUUAUGCUCCUUAAGAGAAUUAGUUGUAAGUCAUUCCAAUCUCAGGCAAGGAGCAAUCCUGAGUGAUAUUUCCUGCUUGUACUCAUUGCAAAGAUUGAAUCUAAGUCACUGCAAUCUAGUUGAAGGUGAUAUCCCUACUGAGAUUUGCCAUCUAUCAAUGUUGAAAGUACUGGACCUGAGCGGCAACCAAUUUAGCAGCUUACCUGCUGGAAUCAGUCAACUUUCCGAGCUGCGAGUCAUCAGGUUGAAACACUGCAAGAUGCUUCAAGAAAUCCCAGAGCUGCCCUCAAGCCUACGAGACAUUGAUGCACAUGAUUGUGCAUGGUUGAAAACUUUAUCAAGUUCCGCAUCAUUGCCAUGGAAGAGGCAGUUAUGGUGCUCUCUCUUUAAUUGCUUCAAAUCAGAAGUUCAGGAUUUGGAAUGUGGGAGUAGGUGGUUAGAUGCAAAGUUUUAUGAUAUUGUCUAUCGUGGUAAGGGAAUCAGUAUUGUCAUGCCUGGAAGCUGUGGAAUUCCAGAAUGGAUAAAGCAUCAGAAAAUGGGAAGUGGAGUAACAAUAGAGCUUCCUAUGAAUUGGCACGAGGAUAAGAAUCUCUUGGGUUUUGUUCUAUGUUCUCUUAAUGUUCCAGCUAAGGAUGAACUAGCCAGUCUACAUUGCAGACUGAUUAUCAAUGGCAAUCAUUUCGAAUCUCUUUACUUCAUUACCUUUGGCUGCUAUGAGUGUGAUGCAUCUGAUCUAGUGUGGUUGUUAUAUUAUCCUAAGAUUGGUAUUCCGGCGAGGUAUCGCUCAAAUCAAUGGAGGAACCUUAAAGUUAUAUUCUACUAUAUCAAUAUCAACAAUCGCAAACCAAGUAAGGUGGAAAAGAGUGGAGUCCAUCUUAUAUAUGACCAAGGAGAUGGAUCAGGAGCAGCAGAUACUAAUGUUAAUAUCAAGAGAAGCCUUGAGGAUGUAGAAAACAACCCAGCUGAGGACCCAUACAAUAAAAGAUUGAGAGGACCUGACCCUGAUCACAGGACUCAAAAUAGUCCUCAGUUGAAUCAGGAAAGCUAAGUUCUUACCAAUUCUUUAAUUUUCUUUUAUCUUCUUUAAUUUUAUUUGAUGUUUAGCAUGACUUAAUUUGUAAGCUCUACCAAGCAUGAUUUUAUGCAAUUUAUUUAUAUACCAACUUGUUUCUUAGGCCAUUUUCUGUCAA